GGUCCGCGCUCCGUACGGCCUCGCGGCCGGCUCCCCGUGUUCCCACCCGCUGCUCCGCUCUCGCUGCCGGCCGGCUCUCCUCCCCGCCGCCAUGAGGUGCCACUACGAGGUGCUGGGCGUGCGGCGCGACGCGGCCGAGGAGGAGCUGAAGCGGGCCUACCGGCGGCUAGCGCUGCGCUGGCACCCGGAUAAAAACCUUGAGAACGCUGAGGAAGCUGCUGAACAGUUCAAGUUAAUCCAGGCAGCGUACGAUGUGCUCAGUGACCCUCAGGAGAGAGCCUGGUAUGAUAACCACAGGGAAGCUCUACUGAGGGGAGUGAAUGGGGACUAUCAAGAUGAUAGUUUGGAUCUGCUGCGCUAUUUCACUGUUAGUUGUUACUCUGGAUAUGGAGAUGAUGAAAAGGGAUUCUUUACAGUCUACCGACAUGUUUUUGAGCAAAUUGCAAAAGAGGAGAUGGAAUAUAUGACUCACGAAGAUACUGAAGAAUUCCCUACAUUUGGGUAUUCCCACAGUGAUUAUGACACGAUAGUCCACCCUUUCUAUGCCUAUUGGCAGAGUUUCUGUACUCAGAAAAACUUUGCUUGGAAAGAAGAAUAUGACACACGACAAGCAUCGAACCGCUGGGAGAAACGAGCCAUGGAAAAAGAGAACAAGAAAACCAGAGAUAAGGCAAAAAGAGAGAGGAAUGAACUAGUCCGUCAGCUAGUAGCCUUUAUUCGUAAAAGAGACAGAAGAGUACAAGCUCACAGAAAACUUGUAGAAGAACAGAAUGCAGAAAAGCUUAGGAAAGCAGAGGAAAUUCGGAGGCAGCAAAAACUCAAACAAGCCAAGCUUGCUGAACAGUAUAAAGAGCAGAGUUGGAUAACUAUGUCAGAUCUGGAGAAAGAAUUGAAAGAGAUGGAGGCACAGUAUGAGAAGGAAUUCGGAGAUGGAUCAGAUGCUGAAGUUGAAUUGGAAGGACAGGAGACAAAAGAAGGCGUUGAAGACAAACUGAAUGAUGUGGCUGAAGAAGCUGAAUAUGCUGAUGAUCUCUACUGCCCUGCUUGUGACAAAGUGUUAAAAACUGAGAAAGCCAUGAAGAAUCAUGAAAAAUCAAAGAAGCAUCGGGAGAUGGUGGCACUGUUACGACAGCAACUGGAAGAAGAGGAAGAGAAAUUUCCUGCGUCUUCAGAUGAUGUGAAUGGAAUGCAUACCAAAGAGGAGGAAGAAACAGGAGAGGUGCCCAAACAGAAACUCUCCAAGAAGCAGAAGAAGAAACAGAAAACAAUGAUGACAUACGAGGACUCUUUGGAUAAAAGUGCUGAUGAGGAAACAAUUGAGAGAAAGGAAUUGCCCUGUGUGGAGAAAGACAGUGGCCCAGCUGAGCAGUCUGUAAAUGAUAACCAAAGAUGUGCUGUGACAGAGGAAGCAAGUGCUACAGAAGAUAAUAGCCAAGUGAAUGAAGCACAGAGUGAAGUGAAAAGCAGCAGUAAGCCUAAGGGUAAAAAAGCCAAGGAUGCAAAAAAGUCUGCUAAGGGAUCUUCAGAACACCAAACAGUGAAUGAAGUUCCCAUUCACUGUGUAACCUGCAACUGUACAUUUCCAUCCCGAAAUAAACUGUUUGAACAUCUAAAAGCAACAGGACAUGCAAAAGCAACACAGGCACUGUCUGUAAAUGGAGCUGUUCACACCAGAAGCAAAAAAGAGAAACGUAAAAACAGAUAAAACUUUAUUACACUGACAGUCUUUAGAAUCAACGAGAAAAUUCUCUAAAACAUUGAAAAGUGUGCAUUGCCUAUUCUGAGGUAAAGUGGGAAGGCAAUCCCAGGUUUUGGUGGAAGAAACAAAAAGGAAAAAAGAAAAAAAAGGAAGAUUUGGAAGAUGUAACAAGGAGAAUGUUAUCUCCUGGAGCAAUUUUUGCUUUUGCUUGUUUUUACCAUUUUUUCUUUACUGACUGAACUUGACCUACCCUUCUGACAGCUGUCUUGGUGAAGGGGCAGUGGUGAUGCAGAGUUGCCUAGCAUUUCUGUUGAAACUUGUGUGGAUGGAGUAACUAUGCAGAGGGAAUACAUUAUUUUACCACAUCACAGUUGUUUUCUUUACAGAGACAGAAAAUUAUUUGAGGCUAAGAUUGGACUCUGCUAUUUUGAUCUUCCAUCAAAAAUGAAAUACGAGCAGCACAAGUGGAGGAGUAACCAUCCUCAGUGUCCUCUUCACAUUAACCAGCGGACAAAAGGGGAAAGAUGUCAGAGUUGGUUAAUUACAGUUUGGACAGUCCCUGUUAGUUUUGUACGUGACCAUGUGUGCUAAGGUGUUUGUACUGGGGAGGGAAAUCCUGUGGAUGAGCCUUCCUGGAAUAAGUGUGGGAAGGAAUGGAUGAUGGCUGAAGUGUCAGUAUUAAUGUGUAUGAGUUGACUUGCACGUAGGGGUUCUGUCCCAUGGUACAUGCACACUUGAUGCUGCCAAUUGAGGAGAGAGUGGCAGGUGGUAUGGAUUGCUCUCCACAUGUGUUUUGAUUUCCUAAUGAAAAACAAAAUGGGAACUGGUAUUAUGUCUCUGUUUAAGUGUGUAAUUAAUUCAUUCUGAAUAACACUUAACAAAAAGAAAAGAUGAACACCUGAGUUUGGAGUGCAAGUGAACAAAAGAGUUUUGCAAAACAAGCAGUCAGUGAAGUCAGAGAAUCCAAUGUUCAUGGAGGACUUGGGGAUAUGGUAUUUUUAGUAUACUCCUAGCUUUUUCUGUAUUUCUGUCAUUGCAUUUUCUAAAUGCAAUGCUCUUGCCUUACCUGAGUUGCUCCGGCAUUUCAGCUUAUCAAAAAAAAGGGUGGAAACAGAACUGUUAUUAGAUCAAGAAAUUAUUCAAACAUUAAAACUUUCAUCAAAGUAAAAUGACAAAUGUAUAGUUCUUGCUAACAGACAACAAUGCUACUUUUAUUGGAGAGUGGAGAAGGUAACAAAAAUUUUGUUUCAAAAGUGAUUAUGUUAGAAAAGUUGUACUUUGUUACACCUAUCUUUGCUAAAUAACCACAAAUCAAAAAGCAGCAGGAAGAAAAGCAAAGAGUUGUUUUGUUUUGUUUUGUUUUGUUUUGUUUUUUUUUUUUUUUUGAGGGGAUGAUGACUGGAUUUGACAUUAAAAAUAAUUUCCAUAAUUAGAAACUUUCAA